AUGCAUAAAGAUAAAUAAACUAGCAGACAAAAAUAAAGUCUAAAAUCUGCGCCAGUAAGGGGUUCAAGACACUAUGAAUAAAUACCUUAAGAUAAUAUCGCUGAGGGUGAACCUGUAUAUGAUCCACAGGAGCCAGUAUAUUUCUAUAAGAAUACUUACGGAGGAACCUUGCCUAUUGGGUCUAUGAGACUUUUAAAAAGAGAGAAAAGAAAGCGCAGAUUGUAGUACUUAACUAAAUCCCUCUUUUUUGGAGGAUCAAUUGGACUCAUUAUAAUUUCAGCUUUGCGAUUUACUGCAGUUUAAGAGUAGACAGUGCAUGAGGCUAUAAUGGAUUUUUACUACUUGUUUUUUGGAGUGGUAGUUGCUCUUUCACAACUGAAUGUUCAUAAGGUUGCUGACUAGUUUAGAUUCUUAAACUACUACUGGGGAAAGGGAAUCUUCUGCAUGUUCUUAGCAUCAAUUAGUUUCUCAAACAAAGAGGAGGCGUUCGUUUAAUGGAUAAUGACUGUAUAUUUCUUUAUUACAGCAGCAAUGAUGUUUAUAUUGGCUUUAUUAGAUAGAACUAGAGAUGUGGAAUAAGGUAAAAUUGACUGGAAAAUUAUUGAGAAAACCUAUGUGGAAAAUGAUAACGAAGGUGGCAUCGAUUUCGAAAGAUUACCAUUUGCUAAUUACUUCAAAUAAAAGCUGUCAAAACACUAAAGGAGAAACAAUCAUUCGCUAAAUAACAACACAAAUUCAUAUAGGUAUGGGAUAAAUUAAGAUGACGAAGUAAUGUAAUCAAAUGAUGAGCAUAAGAACAUAAAAUAAGACUACGACAUUUAAGAAGUAAUAGAGUCAGGUAAGGGUGCAUAUAAAUCAUAUCAGAAAGGCUAAUAGCUGAAAAGAGCCCUUGAUUCUAGCUUCUGA